GCUGCAAAUUUCUUAGAUUUUUGAGUAGGUGAGUUCUUCUGACUUCUUCACCAUCAUUGAGUUCAAACUUUUGACUUUUUUCAACAAAGACUUGAACUCAAAACAUGUCUCAAACUACUUCUGGGUUUUUGAGCUGUACAUUUACUUCUAGUGUUUUUAUAUUUAUGAUACAAAUGUUUUUGCAGAGAUGAGGUAGCACUGCAAGAUGUCAGAUAUCCAUCUUGGCUUGCCAUACUGCUCAACCAGUGGAUUGGUUGACCAUUCAAUCAGCCUUGCUCAAGACAUUGGCAAUCUUUAUUUGAAUAGCGAAUUCAGCGAUGUCGUCUUGGUGGUUGGGAGUCAAAGAUUCUACGCCCAUAGAGUGGUGCUUGCUGCUCGCAGCAACUACUUCAGAGCCAUGAUGUACGGAGGGCUGCAAGAGUCUCAUCAAACUGAAGUGGAGAUAAAGGAUGCUAACUUAAUAGCUUUUAAGAUCCUUCUCAAGUACAUUUAUCAAGGAUAUGUGGCACUCCACACUGAGAAGGAAGAAACUGUACAUGAGAUCCUGGCUCUCUCACAUCAAUAUGGCUUUGAGGAGCUUGAAGCUGCAGUGUGUGACUACCUCAAGGAGACUCUUUGCAUUAACAACUUCUGCGUCAUCUACGACCUGUCUCUUCUCUACUGCCUCAAUGGGCUCCGCACUGUCUGUCAGGACUUUCUGGACAAAAAUGCUCAAAUAAUAGUGAAUCACUCUUCCUUCAAGAUGCUAUCACCUAUGGCCCUGAAAAGUAUUAUAUCGCGUGACAGUUUCUGUGCUCCAGAAGUUGAUAUUUUUUGUGGUGUUUGGGAGUGGGCCAAAGCCAACAAUGUUGUUGACAAGGCUCUGCUGCAGGAGGUUAUAUCACUCAUCCGCCUUCCGCUCUUGUCCCUCCUGGAUCUACUGAAUGUUGUACGGCCGUCGCAGCUUCUCUCUCCUGAUGAUAUUCUUGAUGCAAUCAAAGCUAAAAACGAGUCCAGGGACAUGGAUUUGCAGUAUCGGGGAUAUCUCGUCGCAGAAGAGAACGUGGCGACUCCAGCGAAGGGCGCCGUCGUCCUGACGGGCGAGAUGAAGAACAACCUGCUGGAUGGCAACACCGUUAAUUAUGAUAUGGAUAGAGGCUUCACACGUCACUCCAUCGACGAGAGUCCCCAGCACAUCCUGGUCAAGCUCGGCAAGCCUUGCAUCAUCAACCAUCUGCGCCUCGUCCUUUGGGACAAAGACCCCAGGUCCUACAGCUACUACAUCGACGUGUCCAUGGACCAGAAGGACUGGGUCAGAGUGGUGGACCAUACGCUCUAUCACUGCAGGUCGUGGCAGUACCUGUACUUCCCGGCUCGUGCGGUCCGCUACAUCAAAGUUGUGGGCACCAACAACACCGUCAACAGGGUCUUCCACAUCGUCGCCCUCGAGGCAUACUACACCAAACUGCAGGUCGUCCUGCAUCAUGGCCUCAUUGUGCCGCGCAGCAACGUGGCGCUUGUGUCACGCAGUAGCGUCGUGGUCGAGGGCGUAAGCAGGAGCCGUAAUAAUUUGCUCAAUGGCGACGUGACGAACUACGACUGGGACAGCGGCUACACCUGCCACCAGCUAGGCAGCGGCUCCAUCUGCGUCCAGCUGGGGCAACCCUACUGGCUCGGCUCCCUGAGGCUACUGCUGUGGGACUGCGACGAGCGCUCCUACAGCUACUACAUCCACAGCUCCGUGAACGGCAGAGACUGGGAGGUCGUCACGGACAAGACCCGCGAGUGCUGCCGCUCCUGGCAGAUCAUUCAGUUCACUCCCAGACCCGUGGUCUACUUCAAGAUCGUGGGCGUGUUCAAUACGGCUAACGAGACCCGCCUUGUGCCGCAGGUGUUCCACUGCGUUCACUUUGAGUGCCCGGCGAGCACAAUCGAGUGCCCCAUCACGGAGACUUUACCCUCCUCUGCCACCAUCACCUCCAUCACCACAACCACCACCAUCACCUCCCCCUCUCCUCCUACCCAUGGCAAUGCCCCGGAUGCAGCUACCAGGGGCCGACGGUCCCGGUCACGUGGCAGCGCGCGUGCGUACGUCACUCACGUCGGGCCCGUCAUGGAGAAUCACCGUGGCCCGCCUGACGCCGUCAGCGACGACGACGGGGAUCAGAAAUAUGAGUUUGACAUGAUGGCGGAGUCGAACCGCAGCCCGGAGCUGGAUGCCCCACAGCAGCAGGCUGCUAACGCUGUGGCUGAGGCUGCAGGCGACGAAGCUGCGGCCGCAGCAGAUGGUGCAGGUUUAGACGACCGCCUUGCUUUCUCGUCGGCCGCCAGUAACGGCUGCUCCGACCACAGCAGCAACGACCUCUUCUUCGGUUCAGCCAGCGACGUGGCGGCCAAGAACGGUUCGUUGGCGCCCUUUGAGGCCCAGGAGGUGGAGAGCGUCCAAUCUUGCGCGAGCGCCUACAGCGGUGCUGACCAAUUCUCCGCCGGCGAGGGUGGGUCCGCUGUGGAUUACUCGACCCUUGGGGCCAGGCCCCGACGCUCGCUCAGAACCACCGACUACCCAUACAGCCACAGCAUGCCGCCCUACUACCAGCAUUCCCGAGGCCCCCUUUCCUCGCUACAUUUCUUCGCUCAGCAAUGUCCUGCAGCCCUCUCAGGUGCCAGCUCCAACUGUCAGCUCCCUGGCAGCAGCUCCCGCUCCAACAGCACCGCCCACUCCUCCCCCACCCACUCAGAGUAUUCUUUCACACGCUCCUCCAACUCCCCCACACGCUCCGAAUACUCGAACUUGUCCUCGUUGCAGAACAACAGGUCUGGGGGGUCAGUCAAGCUGGUCAACCCAGUCCUGGACAUGCGUCAGGGCUUAGGGUACUGCAUGGGAGCUGGGGGACUGGGUGCAGGGGGCAGUGAAGGAGGUGCUGCCCCUUCCACCCUCGCCGAGGUGGAGGUCGGUUCUGCCAUCACCUCUUCGUCGGGCAGCGCCGUUUACCCGCGACCGCCUUCACCGCUGCUGCUGGAGAGACACGAUCACGUCGACGAGAAAGACGACUCUGAAAAAGAUUGAUCGUGCUGCAACUUGCUCUUCGCCUGCCCCAACGUGCUCUUCGCCUGCCCCGAUGUUCUCUUCGCCUGCCCCGACAGGCUCCUCGUUAUCAAAGGAGUGGAUGUUCGCAGGACGAUAUGACUGCCUCAAAUUAUUAUAUGUCUCGAUAAGUGUUUUUUAAUAAAUUCGUUUUCGAGCAUGAAAGCAUGAGCAUGGAGUAUGGUCCCUGUUACUGUAGGUUUGCGCGACGCGUGUGUGACCCGCUGCAUGCGGUAAAUGCCUCAUACCCUACGAUGUGUGUGAUCAAUUUAUCCUCGUAGUUUGAUGAAAAUAAACUUACCGGCAUUCCUUAUCGACCAGCAGCUUAUUUAUUUAUGUUCAACUGCCUGCAUGUAGGAUUUUUUUUUUGUCUGAAAAUGUCAUGGCUACGCGCGUCUUACAAUUUUUUUUUAUUCCAAUGAAGUCUUGAUAAAUUUCGUUACAUAAUUGUUUCAUAGGAUCUCUUUGUUAGUGCGAGGCUGUUUGUGUGUAAUUAUUACCUUCGUUAGUGCGAGGCUAUUUGUGUGUAAUUAUUACCUAGAAGUUCUGAAAAGCAGUUCUCACAAUUCUCAAAUGUUGUACAUAACUCCUGCCAUUAUAUCUUCAUGGCCGGUCAUUUUAAUCUUGAAUUAUCCAUGCUCGUAAAUGUCAUCCUAGUCCGUUCCCUGACGCGGUUAAUUCUUAACAAAUUAUUUUGUGAAUAUAAACUAAAAUAACGCU